CGUCGCUUAGACCGAUCCACGUUCUGACGUAGCAGUGCGUCGUGUGAGGACGUCCGUGGGGCGGCACCAUAGGGCUGAGCGCGGGAGUCGUGCAACGUGAACUGAUGUAAUACAACUUCUACUAACGGAAAUAUAUAUUCUGUGUUUGUUUUACGCUUUUUCUUCCAUUUACACCACGCAGCCCGGUACGUUGUAUUCACGUUGUGUUUGCCUCAGACACGCGGUGGGAUGUUGAGCCCCAAGCUGCUGACCCUGGUGCUGGUGGUGCAGCCCGGCCGGGUGCUGCUGGGCAUGAAGAAGAGGGGCUUCGGGGUCGGGAAGUGGAACGGCUUCGGGGGCAAAGUUCAGCCCGGAGAGAGCAUCGAAGAGGGCGCGAGGAGGGAACUGCAAGAAGAAAGUGGGCUCACAGUGGACGCUCUCGAGAAGGUCGGAAACAUAAAGUUUGAGUUCGUCGGAGAAACGCAGCUACUGGACGUCCACGUUUUCAGGGCGGAUGCUUAUAACGGAGACCCGACAGAGUCUGAAGAGAUGAGGCCUCAGUGGUUCGAUUGUGAUCAAAUUCCCUUCAGUGAAAUGUGGGUUGAUGACAUCAUGUGGUUCCCUCUGUUACUGCAAAAGAAGAAAUUUGUCGGAUACUUUAAGUUCCAGGGUCACGAGGUGAUCCUCAGCCACCGACUGGAAGAGGUGGACGAGGUCUGAGAUGAUAAUGUGGCCGGUGGUGACACUGUUUAUGAGUCGGACCAAAGAUAAUCAGCUGUGGACAUCAAGCACUGAAGAUAUCCAACUGUUGAAUGUUCUUGUUCACUUCGUUUGUGGGAAGAAACAAGUUCCUGAAUACUUUCAAAAACUGUUUGAACUGAAGAUGUAGUGUUUACAUAUCUGUUCAUUAUUCUAUCAUGUAUUCAUAUGUGUGUAUACCUCCACCAAGGCAACAGUCCCCUAAUGAAACCCCAUUUAAAUACACUAGAUCUGGAUUUUUAUUUGGAUCUGCAACACAUACUCAUAAAUAAUCUCUUUUUUUCCACCAAGAUCUAUUAAAUACUAAUCUGUAAAAUGUAAAAAUAUACCUCAUAGAAAAAAAAGAUCCUGUAUCUGCCCCUUUGUCCAGAUCUGACCCAAAAUUUGAUGGGUCCUGUCUUGACCAAUGUCCCAUCCUUCCACCAAGUAUCAUGGAAUACGGUAAUUGUUUGUGUAAUACUGCUGACAAACAAGCAAACCAACAGACAGGGCCAAAGACAUAACCUCCUUGGUGGAGGUAAAAAAAAAAGAGAAAAUGUUUUCAGUUCUGACAUUUUAUUUUUCAGGAUAUUCAGUUUAGCAUCAUUCAGCAAGUUCAUUUUUUUUCUUUGAUAGAAUAUUUACAAUAUCUACAGUGAUAAUUUUAUUGGGUUUCAUAUUCUGUGCAAGAUCAUUUGAUUCCCAAUGCAUUUUCUGUUUCCAAAAACCAAACGAGUUUCAUUUUUCUCCAUAAAAUACCUGUUAACUAUGUGCACUUUUUCUGAUUUGCAUAUCGGCACCUUUCAUUUCCACACUGUCAGUUCAGGGCAGAGAUAGAAGAGCUGGUGUUAAUGUCAAAAAUGUCCAAACAUUUCUCAACUUGUCCCUUUGACUUUAGAUUUCUUUUUUUAUUUCUUUGUAGACAUGUAAUGUUCUGAUAAACUGCAGACACACUCAUGUCCAGAUUGUGCUUUUCCUCAUUCGAAUUACAAAAUGUAUCUGCAACUGUGACAGUCCUCAUGUGUGGACCAAAAUUGCACUUCUGAAAUUAAAGAUUUAGUGGUUGAUUA